AUGAGUUCCAAAGGUAAUAAGAAUGAUAUAUUAAAUAAUAAUGAAGAAAAGAGAAAUACUUCUUUUUUGAAUGCCUAUGAAAAUACGAACAUUUCGAAGGACAAUUCUGCAGAAGAAAUAGCAAAAAAAUAUUUAAGGAAUAAAGUGAGUUAUAAAACUAUAAAUAAAAAUAAUUAUAAUAUAAAUAUAAAUAAUGAUUAUUAUGAUAAUAAAAAUAUAAGUGAGUGUAAUAAUAAUAUACCUAAUGAUAAUACAUCAUAUUAUUUAAAUAAUAAAAAUGAAAAUAUGAAUUUAAAUUAUGUUGGAGAAAAAAAUAUUGAAAAGAAAAAUGAUUAUAUGUAUAAAAAUUUAUUUUUAAAUACAAGUAAAAUAACUAAACUAAUUAAUUCUUGUAAUACUUCUAUGAACCCUAUAGAGACAAAGAAAUUGUAUCAAUCCAAAGAAGAGGAAGGAUAUAAUAAUUAUAUAAAAAAUCAGGAAAAAAAUAAUGUAGUAAAUACUAUUGAUGAUUUAUUAAAUAAAUACACAAACAAUAGUAGUAUUAGAAAAAAUGAUGAUAAUUUAGGUUAUUUUAAAUAUAGUAUGAAUAAACCAUAUAUGUUAGAUACAAAAAAGGAGAUAACAAAUAAAUUAGUGUUUGACGAUACCUCUGAAAGGAGAAGAACAAAAUAUACUAUGAAUGAUAAUAUACAAAAUAAAGAUAAUAAUAGCAUCAUCACCAACAAUAAUAAUAAUAAUAAUAAUAAUAAUAAUAAUAAAAAUAAUAAAAAUAUUAAUAAUAUUAAUAAUUGCAGUAAUUAUGAUAGACGCAAUUUAUAUGAAACACAAAGUCAUGGUAAAAAAAAAAAUUUGAUCCAACGAAAUAAAAACUAUGUUCAUUAUUUGAGCAAACGAAAUAGUAUCUUAAAAAAUGAAAUACUAGUAAAGAAAGAUUUAAAAAAAAAAAAAAUGAGUGUUUCUGCAUAUGCAGAGAAUUCUUUUAUAAAGAAUAAACUUAAAGAAGAUAGAUAUAAAAGAAAUAACUUUUUUUUUUUUGAUAUGAAUUCUAUGUAUGAAGAAGGAAAAAAUAAAGAAGUAGACUUAAUUAACAACAUGAGUAUAUUUAAUAACAAAAAGGAAAUGACUUCUGAAAAUAAACAAACUUAUAAUCAUAAUGAAAAUAAUAAACCUGUUAUUAAUAAUAUGAACACUUUUGAUAAUGAUACUAAUAAAAUUAUAAACAAUUCCAUUAUUUAUAAAAGUAAUAAAAGAUUUGAACAUUCAAGAAAUUCAAAUGAUAAUAGUUUAUUUGAUAUCAGUUUUUUAAAAUCUACUUAUUCAGAUUCUAGCAAAAUUAUUGAUUCCCCUUUAAGUUAUCAACAAGACAAUAUGAGCAUUUUCAAUAUAAGUAUUAAUAAAAUUAAAAAUGAAGAAUGUUUUAUAAAUGGUUUUGAUACUUCAGAUUUACAUUCAAAAAAUGCUGAUAAUGUAAUUCAUUACAAACAUUCAAAUAAUAAAAAUAUGGUAGAUGUUACAAACGUGUCUAGUGACUCUACCUUAGAAUCUAAAAAUAAAACGUCAGACACAUAUUCAAACAUAUAUAAUUAUAAAAACAAUAGUAAGACACAAAGAGCAGAUAAUGAUAUAUCUAUAAAUAGGCAAAUAUCUUCAGUAUUAAUAAAUACUAAUAGAGUUGAUAAUAAAAAAGGAGACUAUAUAAAUAAUACAAAUAAAAUAAUUACUAGUGGUAACAAUAAUGAUGGUCAUAAAAUUCGAAACAAUACUUAUAAUUUAAAAUACAACACAAAUUAUAAUAAUAUUAAUAAUGAUAUAAAUGAAACUUACAACAAACAUAUUAUAAAUAAGAAGGAAGGAUAUAGUGAUUAUUUAAUAAACACACGCAAUAAUUAUAGUUUAAAUGAUAUUAAUAAGCAAUAUGCGAAAAAAAAUUAUAAAGAAAAUGAAAAUUUAUCUGAGGAUAUUAACAAUAAUAAUAUGAAUCGAUAUUUUGAAUGUAAGAAAAAUGAAGAUAUAAUAAAAGAAAACAUCAUCAACAACAAUAACAACAACAACAAUAACAAAAAUAAUAAUAGUAGUAAUAAUAUGAUUGGUGGUGAUAAAAAUAAAGAUGCCAAAUUAUUUCCUUUAUAUUUUUCUGAUAACAAACUAAAUAUUAUAUAUAAUGAUAGAGUAGAAAAACGUUACAUGAUCAAUAGUAAUAAUAAUUUCUUUUCAAGCGACAAGAAAAAAACAACAAGUAACUCAAACAAUGAUGAUAACAAAAUGAAAUGUUAUAAUAAUAAUAAUAAUAAUAAUAAUUAUAAUAAUUAUGAUAAAGGUAUAAAUAUUUAUAAUUGUAAAAAUCAAAAUAUAGAUGGAGAACAGGAUAAAAAAAACAACUUGCAUAACAUGAAUACUAGUCAUAUUAAACAUGGAUAUUUAAAUAUAGAUAAAGAACAUAUGAACGAAUUAAAUAAUAUUAAUAAUUAUGAAGAUUAUUAUAAAUAUAUAAAAGAAUUUUUAAAUUAUAUACCUAUAACUAUUAAAAAUAUAAAUAUUUUAUUAGCUUUAUCUUUAUAUUUUUUAAAUUUUAACAUAAAUAAUAAUUCCACAGAAAAUAAAAUAUCAGAUAAUUUAUUAGCAGAAUUAUUAAAUAAAUUUUUAUUUUGUCUUAAUUUAAAAACAUGCUUACUUAAAGAAAAUAAAAUAAAUAAUGGUUCAGAUAAAUAUUAUUACAUACAAAUAAAAGAAAAUGAUAUUAAGAAUAAUGAAUUGUGUGAUGAAAACAAGGACGAAAAAAAAAAAGAAAAAAAAAAAGAAAAAAAAAGUGAACAACAUAAUAAUGUAAAUGAUAUAAAAAGUGUGAAGGAUAUAAAAUAUGUGAAUGAUAUAAAACGUGUGGAUGAUAUAAAACGUAUGAAUGAUAUAAAACAUGUGAAUGAUAUUAACCAUGUGAAUGAUAUUAACCAUGUGAAUGAUAUUAACCAUGUGAAUGAUAUUAACCAUUUUAAUGACCAAAAUAAUCCCAAUUUGAAUGCUGAAAAUGAGAAUUCCAUUAGUAAUAAUAAUAACAACUCUUUUAUUACCUUUUAUAAUAAACGAAUAAUACAAAUUAAACAUGAAGAGAUACCUAAGAAUAUAUUAGAAAAAAAUAUUGAUGAUAAGGAUCACAAUUUUAUAACAAAUAAAUAUGAUAAUAAAAAAAAAUUUUUUGUUUUUAAUAAAGAUAUGAAACUAAUAAGUUUAAUAGAUAUAUAUAAAAUAUCAUGGAGUUUGUGUGUAUUAAAAAAGAAUGAAAUAUUUAUUGAUCUUUUAAGAAUAUUAUAUAAAGAGAUUGAAUAUAUGGAUGUAGAUAAAGAUUUCAUCUUUUGUGUGAUGUAUCUUUUUCAAUAUUGUAAUAUAAUUGAAAUAAAAGAAUGUGAAAUAAAUAUAAAUAAGAAUAUGUUUCUAAAUAUAAAUGAUAAUAAUAAUGAAAAUAUGUGUAUGUAUUUACAUUUAUUAUAUAUAUGUUCAUUAUAUAAUGAAAAUAUUUUAUAUAAUAAUUAUCAUAAAAAAAAUAUUGAAAAAAUUAUUCUCUGUUUUUAUGAUAUUUUGGAAUAUUUAAAUUUAUAUACAUGUACUCAUAUAUUAUGUGUAUUAGCAUAUUUAAAUAUAAAAAAUGAUGAGCAUCCAUAUUUUUUUAAUAAAAUAUUAAAUGUAUUUAGACAUAACAUAAAAAAAUUAAAUAAAAGUGUAUUAUUAGUAAAUAUAUUAUGGUCUUUAUGUUUGAUUGAAGUACCAUGUUCAGAAUUCUUAAAAGAUAUAAGUGAAUAUAUUAUAAAUAUUCUACAUAAUAUUCCUCUAAAUGAUUUUAUAACAAUAUCAUGUUGUUUCGCUUGUCAAAAAAUGAUACUAAUAAAUAAAUAUUGGAUGAAUGUAAAAAAAACAAAAGAACCAAAUAUAUUACAUAAAUAUAUUAUGAACAUUUCUCAAGAAACUAUAAAUGAAUAUAAACAAUAUGAAAAUGAUAUAGAUACAUUUUAUAAACAAAAGAAAUUAUAUCCAUAUUAUUUUUAUAGAAAACCUAUAUGCCAUUCUAUCAUUUUUAAAAUAUUAGCUUAUAAUUUUUUACAUUACGAACAGAUAAAUAAAAAAAAACAUCAAGACCAAAAAAAUUAUAAAAUAAAUCCUGAUGAAAAUAAAAAUCAAGUAGAUGGUUAUAAAAAAGGAACAACUAAUAGAAGUCUAAGUGUAGAAAAUAGAAAUGAAAAACAGAAUACAACAAAUAAAAAUGUUGCUCUUCAUAAUUCGAGAUUUAAUAGUUCAAAUGUUUAUGGAAAUAUAAAAAGUGUAAGAAUACAAAAUUACAACCUUCAAGAUAAUGAUGUUAUAAAAAAUGAUAUACAGGAUGAAUUUAUAAAAAAUAAUAAUUAUUUAUCAACUAAUAAACAACAACAAGUAGAUUUCUCAACACCAUGCGAAGAACUUUAUUGUAAUAAAAAAAUAAAUGAAGAACAUAAUAGAAAUACAAACAUAGAUAAUGAUUGUAAUCAUACUUAUUCAUAUACACAAAAUAAUCUUACAAAUUCUAUUAAAAGUGAGUGGAAAAAUAAUAUAUAUAAAAAAAGAAAUUUAAAAAAAAUUAAAGAAUAUUAUAAUAUAUAUGAUAAUAAAAAUAAUAAUUAUGAUUUUCUUCUUAACUCAUAUGAACGUAUCUUAUUUACAAAUUUAAUAGAAGAUUGUUGUAAUAACAUGGAUAAAAUAAACUCUAUACUUUUGAUAGAACUUUUAUAUACUCUAUGUAUCCUACAUAUAGACAAAUCAAAAAUUGUUAAUGUCAUUGAAAAGAAUAUGAACAAGAAAAUAUUUUAUGAGCAUUAUGAAAAGUUUGUUGACAAGAUAAAAAAAAAAAAAUUAUCCACUAUAAAUAAAAAUAUAAAUAAAAAUAUAAAUAAAAAUAUAAAUGAUAUAAAUAUGAACGAUACAGAUAAAAAUGUCAACAUAGAAAAAGAAAUGAAAAAUGAAAAAGAUGAUGUUAUUAUCCUAUAUUAUAUAUAUAAUAAAUUUAUAAAAGAAAAUUCGGAGUUUAUUAAUAAAAAUGAUUUAGAUGAUAAUUUUUGUUUAGUUGUGAAUAAUAUUUAUUUAUGUAAAUAUAUAAAUGAUGAUAUUUUUUUAAAAAUUAUUAAAAUGGAUAAGGACACAACAACAAGCAAGACAAAUAAGGAUGAUAUUACAAGUACGACAAAUAAUAACAACAAUGAUAAUAAUAAUAAUAAUAAUAAUAAUAAUAAUAUUAUUAAUAAUAAUAAUAAUUACUAUAAUUAUAGCACCUUUUAUAAAUUAAAAAAUAUAUUUUGUGGUGGGUCCUUUAAAAAGAAUCAUAUAUUAAAUAAAGAUAUGAAUCAUAAUAAGAAACAUACACAAAGUAAUGAAAUUGAACUAUCAAAAAAUAAAAAAAAUGAUAUAACUAAUAAAAUAAAGGAUGAUAAUCAUAAUUAUUUUAUAUCUGAAAAAGAAGGUAAUAAUAAUAAUAUAAAUAAUAUAAAUAAUAAUAAUAUAAAUAAUGAAGAUAAUUAUAAACAUAUACAUAUGUAUGAUAAAAGAGAUAACAAUGUUCAUAAUGAUAUAUAUAAUAUAUGUAAUAAACAAUAUGAUUCAAGUGACAAAAAUAUUUAUCAAAAUAAACAUUUUAGUUUAUAUAAUAAUAAAAAUACACAUACAAAUUAUUCACAAAAUAAUAACUACAUAUCAAAUGAAAAGAUUAAUAUAUAUUAUCAAGAUGAAAAAAAAAAAAAUAUUUAUAAAGAUACAAAAAAUAAUAUAUCUUCAUCAAAUAAUUAUACUCAACAAUUAAUAGAACACAAUGAUAAUAUAACAAGUAGCACAAAUAAUAGCCCUGAAACUAAUAGUGAUAAUACUUCUAACAAAUUAUAUAAACUUAGAAAAGAUAUACAAAAUACUUUUAUGGCUUCUAUUUCAUAUUAUAAUAAUAAAACGACACAUAACAAUAUAAAUAAUGAUAUAAAUUAUAAUGAAAAUUUUAUUCAUUCAGAAAUUUAUAAUAAUAUUGUUAAAAAUAGAAAUAUAAAAAAAAUAAUGAAUAAUCAUAAAGAAAAUCAAAUUAUAGAAGAAAAUAAUUUAAAAAAUAAUAAUGAUUAUGAAAAUAUAAAUAAACAAACAAAAAAUCCAAAGGAUGUAAAAUCUAACAAUUAUCAUUUCAAUUUUUUUAAAAUAUUUAUCAUAUUAUUACAAAUUUCCAUCAUAUCUUUAUUUCUCUUUAUUUUUAUAUUUAUCUAUACAUCAUUGGCAUAA